AUGGAGGCGCUGAUCAAUGAGUUUGAGGACAUGUGUAAGAAUGCAGCAGCUGUUCAGGAGGAGGUCUUGGGGACCAUUGUUGAGCACAAUGCUUCUUGCGAGUUCCUCCAGAGCUACAAUGUGACCGAUGCAGAUUCAUUCAAAGCUCAUGUCCCCGUUGUGGGCUAUGAAGACAUUGCUGUGAAGAUCCACCGCAUGACAGAUGGAGAUCCAGCCUCCAUCCUGUGCAAAGACCCCGUCCUUGCGUUCAUCUCGAGGGAUUUUCCAGUCGGUUGUUUUCCAACAGCCUUGGCUUUCAUGCAUGCUCUCCCUUGCGGGACACUCUCCAAAUCAGGGAUCCCGAUCAUGCCCGUUUCUAACUUCGGUUUCACAAGCUAG